AUGUUGGACAACAACAGUAGAGCAGUAAACAAACCUAACCAAUUCGAAGGAGACAAGGGAAAAAGCAAGGAAUUCUUAGAUGAAUUAUACCUGUACUUCGAGGGAAACUCCAAGAAGAUCCAGACUGAUAAAGACAAGGUUCAAUGUGCCCUUUCCUAUAUCAAAGGACCUGCUCAGUUCUUCGUUCACACCAUCAUUACUGAUGCACAAGAACCCAUCUCUGAUUCCAAAGAUGCGCCACUCAAAGGAUUACCUAGCUGGGCUAAUUUCAGGAAGUCCUUUAUUCAGACCUUCGGAGUCGAGGACAAUACUCAGGCAGCCUUGAAUGAGAUCAGCAAGUGCACCUGGGAUAAAUGUGGAGGAAAUGGUCUUCAAUUUGUUACUACUCUUCAGCCUCUCUUACAGGCCAGCAGAUUAAACAAACUAGGGCAAAUUCGAGAACUCCAACAUCUCAUCCCUCCUGCUCUCCUUCUCAAGAUUUCUGCCUAG